ACACUUCUUCUUGCUAGCGCAUCACUACCCAAAAAGAAAAGAAUCCGACUUUAUCCAGUUUCGUUCACCAACAUCCCAAUAAAAACAAUGUCGACACUGGAAACAACAGCCUCGUCGCCACCGCCGGAGCACAAGAAGAUAUUCCUGGCGGCAGUGGACGAGAGCGAAGAGAGCAUCCACGCCCUGUCAUGGUUCGCCAACAAAAUCCUGCCGGCGUCUUCCUCCGGCCACCACCACCGCUCUACUCUCGUCCUUCUCUACGUCAAGCCUCCGCCGCCGCUCUAUUUCUCCCCUGACGGGCAUGUGUUUUCGGCGGAUGUGAUGGCGGCAAUGGACAAGUACAGAAACGACGUCGCGGAGUGCAUCAUGGUAAAGGCCAAAAGGGUCUGCAAAGAAGCAGCUGGUGACAAUGAUAAUGGUGAUUACCAAGUUAAGGUGGAGACGAUGAUAGAGAAUGGGGACGCGAGGGAUGUGAUUUGUCAGGUUGCUGAAAAGCUAGGUGUUGAUGUUCUUGUGAUGGGCAGCCAUGGCUACGGCCCCAUCAAGAGGUAAUAAUCUAAGCUUCAUCUAAGGAGUUAAUCGCUUAUAGUGGUUAGUAUGCUAAUCGUUGAUUAUCUGCUAAUCCUUAAUUUUUC